AUGCAAAUUUUUGUUAAAACUCUUACUGGUAAGACCAUCACCUUAGAGGUUGAGGGUUCUGACACCAUUGAAAACGUAAAGACCAAGAUUCAAGACAAGGAAGGUAUCCCACCCGAUCAACAACGUUUGAUCUUUGCCGGAAAGCAAUUAGAAGAUGGUCGUACUCUCUCAGAUUACAACAUCCAGAAGGAGUCAACACUCCAUUUGGUUCUCCGUCUCCGUGGUGGUAUGCAAAUUUUCGUCAAGACUUUGACUGGUAAGACCAUCACCUUAGAGGUCGAAGGUUCUGACACCAUUGAAAACGUAAAGACCAAGAUUCAAGAUAAGGAAGGUAUCCCACCCGAUCAACAACGUCUUAUUUUCGCUGGUAAACAAUUAGAAGAUGGAAGAACUCUUUCAGAUUACAAUAUCCAGAAGGAGUCAACUCUUCAUUUGGUUCUCAGACUCCGUGGUGGUAUGCAAAUCUUCGUUAAAACUUUGACUGGUAAGACUAUUACCCUCGAAGUCGAAGGUUCCGAUACUAUCGAGAAUGUCAAGACCAAGAUCCAAGACAAGGAAGGUAUCCCACCCGACCAACAACGUCUCAUCUUUGCCGGAAAGCAAUUGGAAGAUGGUCGUACCCUCUCCGAUUACAACAUCCAAAAGGAAUCAACACUCCAUUUGGUUCUCCGUCUCCGUGGUGUCGAAGGUUCUGAUACCAUUGAAAAUGUCAAGACCAAGAUUCAAGAUAAGGAAGGUAUCCCACCCGAUCAACAACGUCUCAUUUUCGCUGGUAAACAAUUAGAAGACGGUCGUACCCUCUCAGACUACAAUAUCCAAAAGGAGUCAACCCUCCAUUUAGUACUUAGACUCCGUGGUGGUAUGCAAAUCUUCGUCAAGACCUUGACCGGAAAGACCAUCACCCUCGAAGUCGAAGGUUCUGAUACCAUCGAGAAUGUCAAGACCAAGAUCCAAGACAAGGAAGAAGGUUUAUUCUUUAAAAAGAAACCAAAUUCACCAACAACAACAACAACAACAGAAGCUUCACCAACAACAACAAUAAAUUCACCAAAACAACAACAGCAACAAGAACAACAAUCAAAUAACCUUUUUCAAUCUUUAAAUUUCAAACCAAAGAGUAACGAUAAAAGUAAUAGUAAUAGUAAUAGUGAUAAUGUUGAUAAUCAACAAACAAGUUCACAAGUAGAUAAUGUCGUUGAAAAUGAUGAUGUAAAGAAAAAGAGAUCAAUUAAAAAGAUAAAGAAUAACUUUAAUAGACCUGGUAGAUUGUUAUUAGAUGAUAAUGAUAAUGAUAGAAAUGAUAGUAGUAGCAAUAUAGAACAACAAUCGACAUUGGAAUAUGAACAGUCACCAACAUCUUCAUUAUCAUCGUCUAUCAAUGAAUAUACUUCAGAUAGUUUAGUAGUAACAUCAACACCAACAACACAAACUAAUACAGAUGUAUCAGUAAGAAAUCAAGAGCAAGAACAAGAAGAACAAGAGGAAAAACAAAAAGAACAAAGACAAGAAGAACAUGAACAAGAACAAGUAACAAUCGAUGUAAAUAAUGUAAAUAAUAGUAGUAGUAUUAGUAGUAUUAGUAAUCAAGAUGAAGAUAAUAAUGUAAUAGAUGUGGAUAAUGAUAUAAAAGAACAACAACAAAUUGAAUCUGAUAAUAAUAAUAAUAAUAAUAAUAUAGAUAGUAAUAAUAAUAUAAUCAAUGAAUAUAAUAACAAAAAAAGUAUGUUUAAAUAUUCAAUUGAAUCAAUUAAGGAUAGUUGUAAGAAGAUGUUUGUGGAGAGAAGUAGAAUCAAUGAUAUCUUGAUGAGUAAUACUGGAGAGUUGAAGGAAUUGAAUGAACAACUCGAUAAUGCUAUGGAGAAUGAUGACUUUGAUCGUGCACAAUCCAUUGACCAGAGAAUACUAGAGAUCAAGGAGAGUGUACAGCAAUUGAAGAAACAACAGGUAGACAUGCUCAAGACACUGCAGUUGCUAGAGGUCGGUGCUGGCGAGUCACUCGAUGAGAUGGCAUCGCGCUACCGCCAAGACUUGUCGUUGGCCACCGACAACAUUGCCAGUCUACAAACGAUGCAUCGUCAGCUUGUCGAUGAUUACCAACAGGCUGUCGAGUCGGAACUCGUCAAUCUUCAAGACGAUAUAGCGGUGCGUGAGGAGCUGCUAAGUCGCGAACACAGUCAUAUCCAACUGGAUCGUGAGCUGCUGGACAAGAGUAUUCAGUCACUUGGUGAACUUGUUGCCCGCGCAACACUUCCUCUCACCACCGAGAAAGAGCAGUUGAUUGUGUUGCGGCAGGAGAAACAGGUGGAAAUCGAUGAACUACUCCGUCAGCUCGAAGCAAAGAAAGCGGAGCAACUCGCUAUUGACCAGCAGGUGGAGCAAGUCGAUGAGAAGAUUCAAUUGGCACGACAACGGUUCCACAAGGAAGACAGUAGAAUCCAACAGAAGAAAGAGGAUCUCGAAGCACAGGAUCAAGCAGUCGCCAAGCUCGAGAGUGAAUUACUCUCGGUGAAGCAACAGUACGAGACAAAGAAGAAUCCUGUGGAUCAUCAAUCGUUCAAGAUCAUCAAGGAACUAGAUGAACUACUGAAACAGGAUAAGCAAUUCAACAAUGAAGUGAACAUCACCAUUGAUAUCAUAAAGGAACAACAACAAAGGAUUGAUAUCAUUUCUAAAGAUUUAAUUAAUCAUUAUAAUUCUAUUGAAAAUAUUAAUAAAAAGACAUCAUCUAUAAAGUUAAAUAUCGAAAGUUUACAAACAACAGUACUCUCAAGACAAAAAGAUAUAGUGCUAUUAAAGAAUUCGAUCAAUGUAAUGUUAGAGACAAUUCCACAACUCGAACAAUCAAAACAAAUUGCAAAAGAUGCAAAGAAAUUCUCAGAAGCAGGCAGUAUAUUAAAUGAUAUAAAACAACAACAACAACAAUUGGUUGAAAAGAAACAGAGACUAUCGGAACUACAAGAGGAAAUGGAUAUAGAUAACAAAAUGAUUGCAACUCUAUCUGCUGAACUCCUAGACUUUGAAAAUCAACUGGCACAACACGAGACCGAUUCCAAUCAAUGUUUGUUAAGUCACCUACAAGAUAGAAUUAAACAAUUAAAAUCAAAAGAAGAGGGUGAAGAGGAAGAAGAAGAAGAAGAAGGACCAACUACGUUGAAAGAUUUCCAUAAAUCGGAAUUACAAUGGAUAGAGAACGAGAUAUCUUAUAUAAACUUUUGUAAUAAAUGA